AUGACGACAAUGACCAUAGAUUUUCACCGAGAACUUGAAGAACGGCUGGAAGCACAAACGCAUGAGGCCGUUCCCUGUGACCCCAUACUCCCGUUUCAUCACCAGUCUGCAUCAACACAGCCAAUGACAGAAAGCCAUUUAUGUGGUGCACACACGCAUAUGGUAAAGAACCGGUCCACAGUGAGCCCGUUGGAUCACCGUCAUGGUAACGUGGUGUCACCGAUUGUAAGAUUCCGAAUUCCACACGCUCCGUACCCCAAUCACAUGACCAGUCAACAGCCGGGUCCGGUGCUAAUAUGA